AUGAAGUUCCCAGAUACAUUUAAUUCAUCACCUUUAGGUCUCAUUCCCUCAAGCGUAACAUCAUUGACUUUUGGAAAUGAUUACAACAUUGAUUUAGAGGAACAUGUAUUACCAUCUCAUUCAAUUAUUUGUUUAACCUUUGGAAAUAGCUAUAAUAGACCCUUAGUUCGAGGAUCGAUACCGCCAUCUAUCCAGUAUCUUACUUUUGGUAGUUCAUUUAACCAGCGUAUAGUACCAGGGACUUUACCAAAUAACUUAUUAUAUAUCAAUUUUGGGGAUUCGUUUAACCAACGUUUAGAGGAGGGUAUGAUACCACCAAAUACAUCACAUAUAAAGUUUGGUGAUUCAUUUAAUCAAAAACUAAAUAAUAGAGGUUCAAUACCAAAGAGUGUAAAAAAGAUUGUGUUUGGUAAACAAUUUAAUAGUAGCAUAUUUCCAUCCGUUUUACCAGAGGGUUUACUUCACUUGGAAUUUGGAUUAAAUUUUAACCAGCCAUUAUUACCAUCAAGUAUACCAAGUACAGUUAGACGACUCUUUUUUUCCCAUCAUUUUGAUCAACACAUUUCACGAGAAAAUCUACCAGAGUCAGUUCAGGUCCUCACACUUGGGAAAAUGUUUUCAAUGAAGCUAUCAACUGAUACUCUACCACAAAAUAUUAAACAUUUGGUAUUUGGUACUUAUUAUAACCGUGAUUUAGGUAUAGGUGUUAUUCCUGACUCUGUAACUAAUCUCGAGCUUGGUGACGACUUUAAUAAACAACUCAAACCAGGUGUAAUUCCAGAUAGUGUUCGUAGUAUAUCGUUUGGUUAUUCAUUUAAUCAAAAUGUUGAAGGUUGUUUGCCACCCAAUUUAGAGUAUUUAUCUUGUUCAAGUAAUUUAUAUAAGAAUUUAACAGCUCAAAUGCUGCCCAAAACCCUAACACAUAUAUCAGUAGAUGACUUGUUUGAUAUACCUUUAAAUGGCCCACAUACAAUUCCUGACACGGUCACUCAUUUAACUUUAGGUCAAAGUUUCAAUAAAUCAUUGUAUUUAUUUUCUCUACGAAAUUUAGUUUAUUUAAAACUUGGCAAAUGUUAUAAUCAGCCUUUAACGCACGAAUCAUUACCGCAAAAUCUACGCCACCUUGAGUUUGGGGAUAAUUUUAAUCAGGUAAUUAGCAAAUCAAUACUUAAAGAGGGUUUGGAAUGGUUGGAGUUUGGAAAUAAUUUUAAUUUACCUCUCGAAAUAGGGUCAAUUCCUUCAUCAGUCAAACACCUUGGUUUCUCAAAUUCAUUUAAUCAGGCAAUAUUCAAAGGUAUUUUACCAAUAAACUUAAAUUCAUUAAUUUUUGGUAAUUCAUUUUCAGGUUAUAUAUCAGACGAUAUUGUUCCACCUUCAGUAAAUUUUAUUUCAUUACCAUCUCAUUUUCCAAGAUAUAAAAUAGGUGAUAGAGUUUAUAAAACAGUUUUAAUUAAAUUUCAAGAUAAAAAUUUAAAAAUAUAAAUAAAAUUAUGGGGUAAUAUAAU